CUGGUCAUCACAAGUGAUCGCGAGGCUACAACCAGCCAUGGCGGAUGUUCUUAGCAUUCUGAGACAGUACAACAUAAACAAGAAGGAGAUUGUGGAGAAGGAUGACCAGAUUAUCUUUGGCGAGUUUGCGUGGCCGAAGAAUGCAAAGACAAACUAUGUUAUUUGGGGGACAGGAAAAGAUGACAUACCCAAAGAGUAUUACACCUUGGACUCUAUUUUAUUCCUGCUAAAACAUGUCCAUCUUCAGCAUCCUAUGUAUGUGCGAGAGGCAGUGGCUGUCAACAUCAAUGUCGUCCGUCGACCUGACAGAAAGGACCUCCUGGCAUUUCUUAAUGGGGAAACUAACACCUCAGCAAGCAUCGAUAAAAGUGCUCCUUUGGAGAUUUCACAAAGACCCACUCAAGUUAAGCGUACAGCAGAGGACACAGCUCCAGAAGGAGCACAGAAAAGGCUUCGGCUGGAGGAAGCCCAAGUACAGAAAGCCAGGGAAAAUUGGAUCAAUAAGAUUGAUGGUGGACGUGAGACCUCUGUGCUUCCAACACAGCUAGGGACUUCAUCUAUGUUAGAAGCUAUGCCCUUGGAAAAGAUUGCAGCUAUCAAGGCAAAGCGAUUAGCCAUCAAAAGAACAAAAAUCAAAGGAGAUGAUGACAUUCAAGCAGGAGCUUUGGAGCAGCGCAGUUUUGUGGAUGCCGAGGUUGAUGUUACCCGUGACAUUGUCAGCCGUGAGCGUCACUGGCGCACUCGCACAACCAUCCUGCAAAGUAUGGGCAAGGAUUUUGCCAAGAAUAUCUUCAGCAUCCUCCAGUCUAUUAAAGCAAGAGAGGAAGGAGUUCAGCGUCCUCACCAUCACCACCCAAAUCCUGUACCAACAACUCCUGUGGUGGCAGCACCACGCCCUCAACCAGUUGCCGGCUACAACAGAUACGAUCAAGAACGAUUCCGAGGCAAAGAAGAAACGGCUGGACUCAAGAUCGACACAAUGGGAACUUUCCACGGUAUGACGCUCAAGUCAGUGACAGAAGGUGCUCAGACACGAAAGAAAGAAGCCCCACAGCCAUCCUCACAUAAUUUCUCACAGAAUCCUCAGCCUCAGCCAAGGCCUAUCUCACAAGCCCGGCCUCCCCCAAAUCAGAAGAAAGGAUCACGUACACCCAUCAUUAUUAUCCCUGCUGCCAACACCUCACUUAUCACCAUGUUAAACUGCAAGGAUGUUUUGCAAGAUCUAAAAUUUAUCAGUACUGAGGAUAAAAAAGCCCAAGGCAGCAAACGUGACAGUGAGGUGUUGAUUCAUCGACGCAAAGAUGGUGGCUUGACUGUGCCCUACAGAAUCAUUGACAACCCCACUAAGUUGACACCUGAUGACUGGGAUCGUGUGGUGGCUGUGUUUGUCCAAGGGCCUGCCUGGCAAUUUAAAGGAUGGCCGUGGGAUGGAAACCCGACUGAAAUCUUUUCACGAAUCCGUGGUUUUCACCUGAAGUGGAAGGAGUUGCCCCUGGAUGCAAAUGUGAAAAAAUGGUCCGUCCAUAUUCUUAAUCUGGAUCGCAACCGUCGUCACUUGGAUCGUGCCACCCUGCAGGAGUUUUGGGAGAGUUUGGAUAAGUAUAUGGCAAAGUGCAAGCCUCACCUGCGGUUUUAGUCAAAUUGCCACCAGAGGCAGACAUAGAUCCAUGUACAGAGCAGCUUAGCCAGCUGAUAGAUCGACAUGCAGCUAGAGUGAAGUUUUGGAUUCAUCUUCCCUGAUAUUGCCCCACUUGGAUUGAAAUGCAGCUGUUCUAGUAUCUUCACAGAGGUGCUGAGAGACUGUUUACUGUAUAGCAUUAUGAAUAUAAAUGGACUAAAAAAAGGACACCUGGGGUGAUCAUUGAGGUAGGGAGGAAAAGCAGAGUUUGGUUUUGUCCUUUUUUUUUUGUUUUUUCCUGAAGAUACUGAAAUCAGGCCAAAUUGGUUGCUGUUGCUUCUGGGUUUGUAUGGCAGUGGGGAAAUGUGUGAAAGCAUUUUGAAAAAAUAAUUUUCAUUGGUUCUUCUUGUUCCCGACCUGGAUAAAAUAGUUGCACUAAAGUGAAGUGUGAGCAUAUCUGUGUUUGUGGUUUGGUGCUUGAAUGAAACAAAUUAUUUUAAAUGUUCAUGAACUUGUACAAAAAACAUUAAAUAAAAGAGUACAGCAUCCAUAAUUUUUGUGAAAUGUCUUACUCUAUAGAUAGCUGGAAAAAUACAGCUGACCAGUUUUUGAGGCCUGUGGCUUCAAUGGGGGAAAGAGGUGGGGUUAAUGGGUCAGCUCUGGUUAAUAAGCAGUUUAUGCAUAUGCAGCUACUAUAGGCAUUUCUGCAAAUGUUUACAAGUUUUCUGUUUCUUCAACUGCAGUCACAUCUGUAAUUCAAGCUGCAGGUAAAUUAUAGAUGUAGCUGCAGCGAGGUUAUUAUAGAUGUUCAUGUGCCGCGCACAACUAUUGUGAUGCUUUUCUGGGGUAAGGGCUAUAGAAAAAAAAAGGAGUAGGUCUCACCAAGCCCCAUGAAAAAGUUGAUCAGUAUUGUGUUGUUUAACAUCUACUUGGAGUGCAUCAUGCAGGAUUCACUCCAGGGCCAUCAUACCUCCAUGUCAGCGAGUUACAAAAAUUGUUGGAUGAGCUCACUGCCUUGCAGUGUUGAAAUCAGCACAGAAAAGAGCAAAGUCACUGUGAACACCACCAGAUCUGCCAGUGUGAGAUGGUUGCCGCCAGGGCAAGCAAAAGAAAAUUUGAAGGAGUGUACCGGCUAUCUACUAGGAAAUCUUCUCAGGGUGGUACAAGACCGGACUAGGCGUUUCCCACUUCUGGCUCCUCCCCCCUUCCAAUGCAACCCUCGAGUGGUGCUGGCAGGUUUGCUCGACAGGUGGGUGGGCUUGCUCUAGGUCCAGCCAGUCGCAGUUAAGGGAAGGAGAGAAGAAUUAUGGUUUUAACUAUACUGGAGAGGCAGUUUUGUAGCCUUUGUGAUUGCAUGUAUAAGAAUAAUUGGUACAUCUACAAAAUGAUGAUGUGAAGGGGAAAAGUUAUCUCUUGCAAUUCCUAUACAUAUUGUUUGUGGAUAGGGCAGCAUAAUUUUCUUUCGCACCCUCCCCCCGCCUCUUCCUCACUACCUUAGCUAAAAUCAAACAUUUGUCAACAAGGUUUCAACGCAAAAUUGUGAACUGCAGUUGCCUUAUGUUACUGGUAUGAAAUUAAGAUUGUAAGAUUGUAACCAUGUAUUAAGAUUGUAACCAUGUAUUAAGGCUACUCUUUGAAUUACACAUCUCUUUUCCCCUAUGCACCCAGGUAAUCUAUGAGGGAAGAAUUUAUAAACACCAAAGUUUCUUAGCGCUGUAAUUAUAUUUUUAAAGUAUUGUCAGCAUCUUUUGAUGCCAGUUUUAAUGCCAGUUUUGAUGCAUUUCUUCUUGUAAUAAAUCUGCAUUAUUUGCUUAAACGAGUCUUCUCCAGCUUUUCCAGCUCAACAUUCAUUACUAACGUGACCUCUAGGAAACAUCAAACACCGUCUCAUUCGGCAACUGCUGUGGUUGCCAACUACAACGGAAGUAGUAAAACAUAACGUUUCUAUUCUGCUCCAAAGGAAAAGAGACUUUUUCGCUUAUUCAUCGUCUGAUAAAUGAAUUACAUUUUACUUGUAAAUUAUCUUUUUUCGACGACCCAAAGCGAAUGCUUCCCAGCCUAUUCCGCGUCUGCUUGAUGAAACCGACGAAAACACUGCUGUUCUCUGUUAACAUAGCGGUCGAGGGUGGGUGCACCGGAUGAACCACUAGGGGACCGCUAACUUCACAUCCAGGGGCAGUAAUUCGAAAACAGCUGUUUACCCUAAACUCCGUAAUGUCGGUCGGCUGGCAAGUAUCCAGGAAAAUUUCAUUUUUCCUGCAUAGGUGCAAACAUUAUUUUAUUUAUACAUUUAAUUUUCCCACACGUAAGACUAACAAGGCACAAUCGGGCUUCCAUAAAUAAAAAGGAAAUUAAAAAUCAGGAAACUUUCCAACCUCUCCUCUUGGGCCUUUUGGUGCAGGGAUGUUGUAAUCUUUUGCAUUUUCCCAUACCUGUUUGUCAGUGAGACUGUAUAGUUUAUAAAAUGAUCGUUAUUACAUUCAUCAGACUGCGGAGAAGAGCCAUUCACAAUGCUUCAGUCUUGCUGUCAUGUUUCUCCGUUAAGUGUGCCCAGCCCUUUCUGGUGCUGGCAUGGAAGAUUCAUUUGUGGGGGAAUAGAAGAGUGUCAGUAGAAGUUUCUCCACAUUUCUUUAUCUGAAUGAAAAAAAAAUGAACACGUACCAAAAUUUCCGUUAAUUAACCGUUUGAAUGAGCACUUCAAAUUGAAAAUUGCAUAACUUUCUAAAGUGCAAAAGUAAUGAUAGCCUGUCCUUUUUCUGGUUUCUGAUAGUUGAUAGUGCAAAAAUUUGUUUCAAUUAUAAGUGGAGAGCAUCAUUAAUCACGAAUCCUGGAGGGAAUUUUUUUGUGGGGGGUACUCUUUCCUCCCACGGACUUCCACACCCUAACAUAGUGUAAGUGAUCACCAAAAUUGGUGGCAAAUAUGUUUAAAUACUUUUUUUAAAAUUAGUAAAUUACAGAAUGAAGCACUGGUUUUCAUGAUAUUCAGCGAAAGGCAAACAUUUUAAUGAAAAAAACUGUUUUAGUUGACUCCAUAUGGUUUAUAAAAAAAUAUUAUCUUCGCGUGUAUAGUAACGAUUUUACACUGGGCAGCAUGACAGCUUCAUUUAUACUUUUAUGUCACAAGUCAUCUGUAUUCUGUGUGAAUAUACUUUGGGUGAUCACUGUAAAAUGCAUAACAUCGUCAAUGCAUCUGAUGCUGUUUGCAAAUGAUUAUUAAAAUAAGAAAAUGCUGCUUUUUUUUAUUGAUGCCCCUCCGUAUACUUAUCAGUUAUUCAACAUUUAAAACACCCAACCGUCCAUCUAACCACAGAUCUACCAUGCCAAUCAUAACACCAAACUUCCACCAUCAUACUCAAGUGGUCGUAGGUUUCAUUAGUUUAUUUUCAAGGCAUGUGAAAUGGCGCUUACUGAGUAACUGCAGGAUUGUUGUGAACAGAUCGUUUGAUAAAUAAACAUUUGGUAUUGCGUU